AUGGCAGAUCAGCCGUAUGCCUACGACACAACACGCCCGCACCUGAUGCGGCUCUUCAAGCUCGACCUGAACGGGGCCGACGAGCCGCUGUCUGGCAAGCUGCUGUCCAUCACCAACAUCGACUUCGGAUAUGCUAACAUUUACGCCACGCCUCUGGGAGACCCAAGGGAGCCUCGCCCGCUGUACGUCUCAUCCAUCAGCAAUAAGAAAUCAAGCGAUGGAAGGGCCGUGACGAAUUACGAGCCACAUCGGGAUGGCAUGCUGCUCAUCCAGAAGAACCUGCACGCCUUCCUGCAGGCUGCGGCGCCGUCGGGGUGCCUGGAGGACAAGGACAAUCAGAUCACACUCAUGCGGUACGUAUACGAGGCGGCCGAACUUGUAUACGUCUGGCUGGGUGAGGCUGCUGCCGCGGAAGAGAGCACCGUUCUGGCCAUGCCGACACUGAAUUCGGAUCUACGCGCUCUGCCUGAGGGCCACAAGCUCGACCCAACAAAUCCAGACAGCUUCGAAGUAAUUGGUAUCCCAGCCCCCUCUCAGGAAGUCUGGCGGCCGCUGUCCACGAUCAUUGCCCGGCCCUGGUGGUCGCGGCUGUGGACACUCCAAGAGGUCGUGGUCGCCCCGAACGAGCCGUCAUUUGACAAGAAAGUCGACCACAAGCCACCCAACGCAACAAUAAUAUGCGGUGAAAGCCAGGCACAAUGGAACACCUUUGAGGACCUGAUCUCCGUCAUCCAAGCCAAUGGUCUCGAGGAAUGGCUCCUCGCCAUGAAUGGGCCUCCGUCCGACGAUGGGGUUGACCACCGCCACGCCUUCGCCAGCCUGGAGGAGAUCCGCACCUGCAGGCGAGGCAACGCCGGCUGGGCCAUCUCCCUCUCAGCCCUCCUCCUCGCCACCCGCCGGCGCCGCGCCACCCUCCCCGCCGACAUGUCGGCCCAGCCGGCGCGCGACGGCUUCGUGCGCUACGGGAAGCACUACAUCCGCCAGGAGCCCAGGGAGUGCCUCCUCAACCACGCCCGCGCCGCCGAGAUGAUGCCCGGCCUGCCGGGCUGGUGCCCCAACUUCGCGUCCCGGCCCGAGACCGCCCCGCUGGCCUCGCGGCGGCUGCUACCCGUCAGCGUGUACGAUGACGACCGGCCGGCGGGCGACACCGCGCAGCAGGCUCUUCCACGGCAAGCUCUUCGCCACCAUCCUGCGGGGCCGCGACUCGGCGCGCAACCUGUACAGCACGGACGACCCGCGGCAGAUCCACCUCGUCGAGUGGACGGACGCGAUCCGGCUCGGCGGGCUGGCGGCGGACGAGGUGGCCGAGGUGGUCGACGGCGACAGCAGCAGCCAGCAGCCAGCAGGCCCUCCCGUGGCACGAGCGGUGCCUCGCCCUGGCGCGCCGGACCCUCCCCGGGGGGCGCGGACGGCUUCGACGCCCUCGCGCGCACGCUCAUCGCCGACGACCGGGACCCGGCCGACCCGCAGCUCUGCGCGGCGCCCCACCUCCGCCUGAGACAGCAUAUGCAGGCUGUGGAGGCGGCAGGUACGGCCUUCCCCGGGGUUUUAGACCCCGACGUUCAGAGGUACGCGGAGGCGCUACGGAGGGUCACGCGGCGGCGGCGUUUCUUCGCCACGAAGGGCGGGCGGAUAGGACUGGGGCCCGCACACACAAAGGCGGGUGACACGUUGGCUGUGGCAUUUUAUUGCCCAACGCCGUACGUGUUGCGUCGGCGAGCUGGUGAAGGUGAAGGCCGGUGGGGCCUUGUGGGCGAGGCUUAUGUUCAUGGGGUCAUGUACGGGGAGGCACUGCGUCUGUUCUCCGAGGGGCGAGUUGAGGAGACGAGCUGGGUCGUGGAGUGA